AUCCUAUUAAAUAAUUCAGUCACGCUAUUUAGAUGUGUCUCAAGACAGAAAGAAAAACUCGGACGCCUCAUGUGCAGUGUCUCUAUAGCAUGUAUUAAAUGAGUAAGAAAAUGUGUAAGGAGGAGAAUAAACCAACUGGUUAAAAACUAGGAUGAGCUCAUGCUGGGAAAUUCUCCCUGGGAAUUUACAGGCUGCGGCGCGCAUGCGCACUGGUCUACAUGUACAGCAUCGCGCUGUCGGUUUCGUUUGGAGAUCAAUGCGAGCUGGUGUGCAGAAGAAGAAGAGGUCAGUGCUUGUGGCUUCUCUUUGAUCAACAUCGUCGCAUCGAACAGCAGCAUGACAGUGAUCUCACCAGAUAAGGUACUUAAGCGUGAGCUGUGCACGCUGAGCAAGCGCAUGCCCUCCUGCAUGGUGCAGCAGAUUUCGGAUUGCCUACGCAACUCACGUGCGCUCACCGACUACGAGGUGCAGGUGAUUCGUGCCGCGGCCACAGACAUGCAACAAGCCACGUGUCUCCUGCAAACGCUCCUGCGCAAGGGCCGCACACCGUGUCUGCUCUUCUUCCGGUGCCUGUAUGCGUGCAGCCCCUCGCUCUUCCACACCGUCACCAGAGGCUUGGUGAAAGUUACUGAUGAGGAUCACCAUCACGUGGAGAUGUCUUCCUUUGCAGAGGCAUCUGGACCUGUUCCCUCAUGUGUCAUAAACAUUAACAAUUCCUCGGUGUCCAACUGCAUCAUUGGAAACAACAACAGCUUGUGCUGUCUUCUCUCUCAGACUGAUGACAUUAACGAUGCAGUAGAAGAUACACAGAGGAGUCAGCAGAGAGAAACGCCAGACUCCUCAGCGGCUCCUAACGUUCAGGUGGAGCACUCCAACGUAGAGUACGUCAUCAUAGGGGACAACAACUACAUGAACAUUGAGAGCAGUCUGGACUCAGAAGAUCAGGAAGAAACAGAUAGUGUGCUGGAGGAUUUUGGGGGGAUAAAGAGGGUGAGAUAAUCAAGAUGGAGACCACAGACUGUAUAUAACAUACGUUAUGUUCCUUGAUGGCAUCAUAAAAAAAAAAAAGAAAAGAAAAGUUGUCAUGAGCAAAGAAACUCAGGUGAUGUUUUACACAAGCACUCAGUUUAAAACCAGUCAUGGUUAAGAAGGUAUACACAUUGGUGUGAUCUAAUCCAUAGCAGUGUGCAUAGCAUUGUAAAUGCUGUCUCAUGUCAGUACCUCAGUAUUGAUUUGGGUUUUUGUUUUUUUUUGUUACAAAGCGACUGCUAUAUAUUUAUAAGCUAUGUCUUACUGCUUUUGUGCAUGUUUUAUGCUUCACCCAUGAUGAACUGUUUUAUAUUUAUAUAUGAUAUGUUAUUUAUUAAGGCUUGUGAACCUUGUUUUAGUCGAAACAAUAUAUUAAAAAAUAUCAACAAAACUGUAUCG